UUAGCGAGCAUCCGGGCAACGGCAGGUCACGUGACCCGGGCUGGUCGAGUGUCAGCUGAUCGCUCAGCGGCCGCCAUUGCUCGACGUCCCUUCCGCGCCAGGCGUCUUCUCUUCUCUUCUCUUCUCUUCGGUUGUGCGUCGCUCCACGAUGGCGAGUCAGUCUCAGGGCAUCCAGCAGCUGCUGCAGGCCGAAAAGAGAGCCGCCGAGAAGGUGGCCGAAGCCCGCAAACGGAAAAACCGGCGUCUGAAGCAAGCCAAAGAAGAAGCUCAAGCUGAGAUCGAACAGUACCGACUGCAGAGGGACAAAGAGUUCAAGACCAAAGAGGCGGCGGCGCUGGGUUCCCACGGCAACAGCGCGGUGGAGGUGGACCGCGACACGGCCGAGCGCAUGGGUCAUAUCCAGAGCAGUUACCGUGGCAACCGGGACGGGGUGCUGGGCGACCUCCUGCGCCGCGUGUGCGACAUCCAGCCCGAGUUUCACUUGAACUACCGCGUGGCCGGCUAACUGGACGGCGUCGCGCUGCUUCCCGUCUUUCUUGUUGUUUGGUAAAUGUAGAAAUCAUCUUCGGUUUGCCUGUAUUUCUAUUAAAUUAUUCUUCUUUCUGAAACUCGUGUCCUCCUCCGUAGCUGCAUGACUUCCUGUUUGUGAUAGCGGCGCUGACGUUGAUGUCAAUAAAUCAGAAUUGAAUCGCAGGAUCACGAUUGUAAUGUCAAAACUAAAUGUAACGUGAAUUAAAAGUCGUAUCUCCCAAAAGUGA